AUGUUUGUGUAUCUCACCAUAACUCGUUGUAAUGAUACUGGUAGCGUUGCCAAACGCUAUGGUGGUGGACGAAAAAAAAACAGCAACAUCAUCUGAAAUGGUUCGGAAAGUAAAGGCUCGACUUGAGCGAAAUCCACGUCGUAGUGGUAAUCAAAUGGCCAAAGAACAGAAAAUAUUCCAGCGAAGCAUGCAACGAAUAUUGAAAAAGAAGCUCAAGGUCAAGCCUUACAAGUUCCAAAAAGCACACAAUCUUACACCAAAGCAAAAAAAAGUUCGACUUGAAAGAGCAAAGGAGUUGUUACACCUGCACGAACGUGGCGAAUUUCCGAACAUAGUGUCCUCUGAUGAGAAAAAUCUUCCUAUUGAGACGUUCAUAAACUCUCAAAAUAAUGGUGUUUACUUGACCGAACCCACCUACGAAAGUUUGAGCUUAUGAACGGCCACCCGAAAUAAUUUCCCAUCUCUAGUAAUAGUAUGGGCAGCUGUAUUCGCCGAUGGACGCUCUCCAAUCGUUUUUAUUGAAUCUGGUGUCGCAGUAAAUGCAACUUAUUAUCGGGAAAAUGUUUUAGAAGCUGCUGUAGAGCCGUGAGCACGCAAACAUUUCGGUUGUAGACCAUGGACUAAAAAAUAUGCCAGUAUGGGUACGCUGAAAAAAGUAAUUAUACGUCAAUGGGCCAAAAUACCGGAAGAUCACAUUCGUGCAGCAUGCAACUCGUUUUUUGAUCGUUUGAAGGCCAUAGUCAAGGCAAAAGGUGGCCACAUCGAGCUAAAUUGA